AUGACUUCUCGUUUUAUUGCAUGUCAACUGAUAAAUGUAUAUAGGCAAGAUAUAGCAUUCUUUAAACAAAAAUCUCAAUUAUUUUCUCGUUAUUUAACGACAAAUAUUCAACCACAAUUAACAACACCAACACGUCAAUGGGCAAUAAAACGUUAUGUUUUAAUUAUUGGAUUACCAGUAACGAGUUUUUUAUUCUAUCGGCUAUCAACAAAAUCUGACACACGACGAAAACAUAGAAUUGUUUUAGAAAGUAUUGGACGAGCUGCUCGUGCAACUUCAAUUGGUCUUCGAUCUGCUAUCGAUCAAAAAACUAGUCUAUUAUUUAAAACUGAAGGUACUGAUGAAUAUACUGCAGCACUUCAGGCAUCCCGACGUCGAAAUGCUAAACGUUUUGCUCAUCUUUGUAUUGAUCUUGGUGGUGUUUAUGUGAAAAUUGGUCAGGCAUUUAUAAAUCUUCCUGAAGUCAUCCCAGUAGAAUAUUAUGAAGAAUUACAAAUUCUUCAAGAACGUGCACUUCGUCGAGAAAAAGGCGAAAUUGAUACCUUAUUUAAACGAUAUUUUCGUAAUACACCAGAAAAUGUAUUUGCAAACUUUAAUCGUGAACCUGUAGCAGCAGCUUCAUUAGCUGAAGUCUAUUCAGCUGAAACGAAACAAGGCGAACGAGUUGCUGUCAAAGUACAAUAUUCGGAUUUACGUGAACGUUUUGAAACAGAUAUAACCACGGCUUGGUUAUUAGAUGAAUUGCACGAUGAUUUAGCAUUAGAAUUAGAUUUUCUACAUGAAGCAAGAAAUGCUGAACGAUCUCGUGAACAUCUUAGACAUUUAGAUUAUGUUAACAUACCAAAAGUUCAUUGGGAUUUAACAAAAAAAGUAUUAUUGAUAUUUUUCUUUU